CUGUUUAGUUUGCAGAUCAUCAACCAUUAGUUCAUCAAUUCCCUCUCAUCCAUCCAUGUCUUCCUUCUAUAACGAAGACUCAUUUUCCACUGAUUGCAGAUCAAGGAAGAGUCCGUUGAAAAUAUUUAGAAGCUAUGAAGUGUUCUUAAGUUAUAGAGGGGAGGACACUCGUGCUUCUUUCACCGCACAUCUCAAUGCUUCUCUUCUAAAUGCUGGAAUCAACGUUUUUAAGGACGAUGAUUCGAUUUACAAGGGUGCUCGCAUUUCAAAAUCGCUGCCUGAAGCAAUCGAACAAUCUCGAAUUGCUGUGGUUGUUUUUUCAAAGCAUUACGCGGAUUCAAAAUGGUGUUUGAAUGAGUUGGUGAAGAUAAUGAAGUGUCAUAGAGCCAUAAGGCAGAUUGUUUUGCCAGUGUUCUAUGAUGUAGAUCCAUUGGAAGUUCGCCACCAAAAAAAAAAGUUUGGUAAAGCAUUUCAAAAUAUUUUGACUAUGCUUUCAAAUCAGACGCAAGGAGAAGGACAUUAUAAAGAAGAGUCGUCACUUCGGAUGCUGAGAAGGAACUGGACAACCGCACUUCAUGAGGCAGCAGGGCUUGCAGGGAAUGAAAGUGAGGCUAUCAAGGAUAUUGUUGAAAAAAUCGUGCGUUUGCUAGACAAGACACACUUGCUUGUUGCUAAUAAUCCAGUGGGAGUUGAACCUCGAGUGGAAAAUAUGAUUCAACUGCUAGACGAAAAAAUACCAAACCAUACUAGUGAGCUGCUAGGCUGCUACCCUUCCAACAAUGGCAAAAUCAAUUUCAAUUGA